GAAGUUGUGAACAAACAAACACAGCUACUUGUGAGAAAAAUGAGCAAUGGAGUGAGUUGGACAGGCAAACCUGUGAAGGAGAGAGACUCGACCUUCAUGUCCUGUAUGACAACGAUUCAGAAGAGGAGAGCUCACAAACUGGCUCCUGUUGGACGUGAAGAUCCAUUUCAUCAAAUGAUCGACCUCGACGUGACUCUUUGAACUGCUGGAUCAGUGGGGACGUUUGGGAUUUUGCACGACUAAAACAAGCUCUGACAGUGGAGUGAGUCCGGCAUUUCCAGCACCGACACAGACAGUGGUACCUGCUGUGCCCUGUACAAGUCAGCAGAUUAUGCAAAAACUUACUCAGCACUUCAGUGUUACUGUCAGCAAAAUCAUGCGAAUCUAAAUAUUCCACCGUAGCUCACUGAAGCUCAUUAUGUAUUUGGGAAUUUGUGCAUUUAAAACUAGCACAAGUUCACUCUGGACAAUCUGGCCCUGAGGAACAACAAGAGAUAAAGUUCUGCCUGGUUUCUUCAGGCUCUCUGCUGUGUUCUGACAUCCUAAAACUUCUAGAUCUGUGUGGAUUUGCUGCAUGAUUCAGAAAAUCACAGCUGACACACUGAACUCUCACCCGCUGCCAUCAGCAGAUGCAGAGGAAGUUGCAGCAGGAGGGGGUGACCAUGUCUCUGUCGGCCGACCUGAGCUGCCUGCAGAGCAGCGGCGGAGCAGAGCGUGAGGCUGCGCUGGCCACGCUGGAGAAACAGCUCAUCUGUCCCAUCUGCUUGGAGAUCUUCAACAAGCCGGUGGUGAUCCUGCCCUGCCAGCACAACCUCUGCAGGAAGUGUGCCAACGAGCUCUACCAGCCAUCCCUGUUCCAGGCUCGGACCACUAUGAUAUUGAACAGUGGCCGUUUCCGCUGUCCGUCCUGCAGACAUGAAGUGGUGCUGGAUCGCCACGGAGUCUACGGCCUUCAGAGAAACCUGCUGGUGGAGAACAUCAUCGACGUCUACAAGCAGGAAGUCAGCAACACCAUCGCCACAAGCCCCCUCCCUCCUCCUCCUCCACCUGCUGCUCAGGUGACUUGUUCAGACCACGAGGGUGAAAAGGUGAACAUCUACUGUGUCACCUGUCAGGUCCCGACGUGUUCUCUAUGCAAAGUGUUCGGGGCUCAUCAGACCUGUCAGGUGGCUCCUCUGACAGACAUCUACCAGCAGCAGAAGGAUAAGCUGAGUGAAGGAAUCACCUCCCUGGCGGUGUUCAGCGACAAAGUCCAGGCUCUGAUUGAUGAGGUGGAGAAGAACUGCAGGACUGUGGAGGAGAACUGCAGUACUCAGAAACAAAUUGUUUGCGACAAGUUCGACCGCAUGUUUUCCAUCCUGGAGGAGAGACAUAAGGUGAUGACACAGCGAAUCAGCUCAGAGCAGGAUGAAAAAACUACUCACGUCCAGGCUCUGGUGCGCUGCUAUGGAGACAGUGUGGAGGCCAACAGCAAGCUGGUGGAGAGCGCCACGAGCAGCAUGGAGGAGCCGGACAUGGCGGCUUUUGUUCAGAAUUCAAGAGGAUUGAUCACAAAAAUCGUAGCAGCGACCACCUCCUGUCCAUCUGAGACACUGAAACCAGGCUAUGAGAACCUGAGCCUCUACAGAUUUAACUUCAGCAAACAGGAGAGAGCUCUGAAUAGCAUUGACUUCAUCAAAGGCUGUUACUCUGCUCUUCUACCUGUUGGCCUUCCUGGUAAUCCUGCAGAGGGUGUGGGCUUACAUUGGCUGCUUCAUCUGCACAUAAUGCCAGCAGGAGGAAAACCCAUCACCAGUGCUGCACAACUCAGACAGAGACUGAGACUAGAAGUCCUGCUCACACCGGUCCUCCCCUCUCCUCCUCCUUCUCCUCCUCCUUCAUCCUCAGCUCCUCAUUGGCCCAGUUUCUGCUUCUCCCGGCUAAACCCCCUCCACAAGAAGUAGAGGGAAGAGGGAAGCAUCUGGAGAGAAAGUUCCACUGUAGAGAUGAAGAAGGAUGCACUUCAUUCACUCCUGAGUCAGUUUCAGCACCACACUGAUCUGGAGCAUGUGUCAAAACGUACUUUUGUUGUUGCAUUGGCACAGCAGGAAUCAUCUCGGACAAAUAAACAUGGACGAACGCAGCUUCAUCCUAAUACUCUUCCAGUAUUGUAUUAUGGAGACAAAACAUCUGCUCUGGAUAUGAUUCCACCCUGAGAGAGAUGCUGGAACUCAUUGAGAAUAUAUUUGAUUUUUUUUUUAAAAAACGUGAGGGCGUGUUUCACAGCAGGUGUGGUAACAAAGAUAGAAUUUGAAAGGUGUAACUGAUAGUAACAAAAAUAGAGGAGGAACUGAAGGUAUUGAUCGCCGCCUUUGCUUGCAUUCAUUGCAAUAGAAGAAGAGGGACAUGUUGGAAAAGAAGAAGAAGAAGCCUUUGGUUAUCAUGGUGGAAUGUUUACAAUAUCCUGGUACUGUAAGUAAGGCUGGCUGAUAUGGACAAGGUUUAUAUUUUAAUUAUUUUAUCAUUUUAAUAGAACAAAAUCAGGUAAUUCAAAAACAGUGUGCGCUUUCAUCACAUGUUUUCAGCUGUUUUGAUCACCAGUCCUCGACUGAUACUGAUUAUUAAUCAUCAAAGAGGCUGAUUAUUGAUUUGGAGCUGAUAUUUACAGUAAAAAUUAAAAUCUUGGUCUCAAAAUGUAGAAUAAUACAAAGUUCACCACAAGACACUGUUGAAAUUUAGAUUUUUUUUUUUUUUUUUUGAUGUUUUAUUGAAGGCAAAUUUUUCUGCAUUAAUCUGUCGCUGCUGAUUGGCUGUUAUUGUUGAUGUGUAACUAAUCAGAUCGCGCUGUGGCAUCGCUUUAGACCUUAACAGAGAUUGUUUUUUUUUUUGUUUUUUAAAUCAAGAAACUCGUUAAAAUAAUCAGAAACAUAAUCACAAAAAUGCUGAAUAUCAAUUAGGCCAGUAAUCAGAUGACCCUAGUAAAUAAAAAAAUAUUUACAUAACAUAAACCAAACAGUUUUUUUUUUUUUUUAAAUACAGUACAUUCUUUUAAAAAUUACAGUUCAAAACGGCUUAAAAAACAAAAAAAGCAUUUUUUUUUAUCUUUUCAAGAGAGCAAAAUUAGAUCAUUUUCAAAACGUGUGGUUUUAAUCGCUUACAUUUCACAGUGUGGUCAGACAUGGCAUACUAGUUUAAAAGAAGCAGAUGAUUCAAGUCAGAAGUCUCUGUUGCCUCUCUGCAGCGGUCGAAGUAGACACAGGAAUUUUUUUCUGUAAUAGAAGAAUCAGAAGUUUUGGUGACAUAUAUGUGGUUAUAAUAAGUCAUGACAAAUGUGUUUUUCUUAUUAGGAACAUUUGAAAACUUUACCGCGAGCUCUGGACGACAGACACAUCUGGUCCGAUCACGUGUUUACUGUUGAUUUUGGCAUUACAUUGUUUUUUUUGUUUGUUUUGUUUUUGUUUUCUUGGCAUUAGCUUUACUUGAAAUGUCUCUGUGUGUCCUCUUUGGUACAAGAUAUAUUUUUUUAAAUGUCAGAGUGCACCACAGCAGCCUUUUGAAUGAAUGUAUUUGAGUACCCUCCAGAGUGUUUUACCAGCUGCCAUCUGUGCGUGAUGAGCAGCUCAGAAGAGAUACUGGUUUUGUUUGAUGUAUUACGAAACUAAAUAAAUCCAAUUUUGGUCUCCUGCAA